CUGCUGCUUGCGACAGCAGCGGCGGCGCCGCCGUACAAGCCACCGGCGUCGAAAGCGUCAGCAUUGCAAGCGACACCUCCGUCUCUUCUUUGUCUUCGUCUUCUCCGCCGGGCAUCCUCAGUGGCGGCUUGGGGCCCACGGGUGCUGCCGCCGCCGCGGCGUCAGCGGCGGAAGAGCCGUCACUGCCUCCGCCGACUCCCUGCUCGUCGUACGACGACGACGAUGAUGACGUCGCCGUCGCGGGCACUGACGUCGCGACUGCUGACGCCGCCGCCGCCGUCAGCAGCAGCAGCAGCAGCGACAUCAGCAGCAACCCCCCUACCUGCAGCAGCGGCGCCAGCACUACCGCUGGCGCCACCGACCUUGACAGCAGCACCAGCACCGCCCCCGCAGCCACAGCCGCCGCCUCCGCUGCCCCUAGCGGCCUCCCCCACCUCCAAAACGAGCUCAUGCGGGCGAUGAUGGAGGAGCUCGGCGGCAGCGGCGGCGCCGCUGUCCAGCCUGACGGCAGCACGGCAGGGGUUGCAACGGCGCUGAUGGCCGCUGAUGCGCCCUUCCCGUCAGCAGUAGCGGAGGUGACGUCAGCUCCUGAUGCCGCUGCACCAGUUGCUCCGCCGACUGACGUGGCCGCUGCUGCUGUCGUACCUCUCGUACCUGUCGCCGCCGCUGCCUCCAUGGCUCCUUCCGCCUCCGCCGCUGCCGCGGCCACGCCGAUUCCGCCGAGGGAUGUGGUCGGCGCCGCCAGCAGCCCUGACGCCACUGCUGCCGCGCCCUCCCCUGCGGAGGUUGCCGCCAUUUUGCAGCACCUCCGUAAGAUGUCCGCAGCGCUCACGGAACUGGCGCGCAACGCAUCUGAAGCGGGUAUUGAAGUCCCGGCCGUCCUGCUUCAGCCCUUCCCUGGAGUCCCCAUGGGCCCGGGCAGCAGCAGUCCCGCCGCUACCACCACCCCUGUUCCUGCCCCCACCGGUGUAACGCCAGCACCACCAGCUGCACCGCUGACGCAUUCGGUCAGCAACAACAACAGCAGCAGCGGCGGCGUGGCUGACACGUUCUACCAGGUUUCUGGCCGGGGCCGAGGCCGGGGCGGCGGUCGCGGUGGCCGGGGCGGCCGGUUCGGCGGCACCAGCCGCGGCGAUCUCGCGUAUACUUUCCCGCGCUACGACGACAUUGUUAAUGGCGGCAUGGGCCGUAGUUGGGGCCGCGGCCGUGGUAGGGGCUUCAGUGGCAGGGGUUCGCAACCUGCAAGGGAGGGAACGACAGGUGCGGCGGCGGCGGUGGUGACGGCUCCGCCGCCGCCAAAGCUAACGGAGGAGCAGUUGGCGGAGCUGCAAAAGAUGCCGUCGUACAUGUUUGAGAACUUGCCGCGUCUGCCGCACGAGUCGUCGUCGUCGGCUGUUGCGCAGCCGCCGUCGCCAGCAUCGUCGUCGUCGCUGGUACGACCGCCGGCACGACCCGGAUUGACUCCUUGAGUGGAGCUCGCUUUUGGUUUCCUUGCAACGUCAGGAUUGAUGUUUGAGGUGAAGUACGGUAAUGCGUAAUAUGAAAGGCUGGCGGUGCUGCUGGCUAUAGGAGGAUGCAAACGCCAAGUGAAGCGCGUGAUUGUGGCCGGCUGCUUAGAUGCUACACAGCUGGGAUGGCUUGGCUUGGCGGGGUUGCGGGUCUAGGCAAGUUACCGCUAUGCGCAGUACGGUACGUGACACAAUGACUUGGGCUAAGCUGUGAAGGAUGACACUUUGGGGUUGGAGUCACGUUGCCUGGUAGGUUUGGAAAGUCGUGAGGUGACUGAAGCAUGCGCCGAGCUGCAGAGGAGACGUGCAGCAGCAUGUCAAGAUUCGUGGGUUUGGCUCCGGUUGUAAAGGUGAUUAGAUGAGGCAGGUGUGAUGCACAUUAUGUGUUUCAAGAUCGGUUAGGAUGGUGUGGCGUUCAACUAACGCUACAUGUGGAAGGACAGGAUCAUGGCAUGGGUCAGAGAUACCGGUAAACCAAACCGGGUGUAUAGCGGUGGAAAAGCCGUACAGUCUUCGUACGGCCGUACCUGCGCCGCCGUACGAGGCCUAGAUGGGCCAUCCGUCCUGUCACACAUCUACGUCUUGGCUGGCAUAUUUGGGCCGUACGCGUGUCGUGCCACUUGUGUGUUUCACUCCUCACUGCCUGCCCGUUCCCCUCCCCUUCCCGCCGG